UGUGGCUUGUGGGCGGGACCGGCGUUUCGCGCAGACGGGCUCCUGAGGAUUCGGCGCUCGAGGCGCCGGCCGGAAAGGACACGCUCCUCGGAGCAGCGCCGGCUCUUGGCUCUCCGGGUCUCUCGGCAGCACCGCUGAGCCGGCCACCCUCACCAGGCUGCUGGGGACCGUCCCCAUUUCCCACGUCCUGCCGAGCGACCAUGGCAGGUGUAUCCUGAUGCCAGCCCAGCCGUCACAGAGAAUCCCUCUGGGACACUGAAAGACUCAGCUCUGGAGCCUCAAGCCUUAGGCCAGGGGCAUGGCAUCCCUCCAGGAGCUCCAAGACCCUGCCCCUGGGGAGGAGGAAGGGCUUAUGGUUGUGAAGGUGGAAGACUGCUCCUGGGAGCAGGAGCCUGCUCAGCCACUGGACAGCAGGGAUUCGGAAGCCUGCCGCCAGCGGUUCCGGCAGUUCUGCUACAGGGAUGCGGGUGGACCACACGAAGCCUUCAGCCAGCUGUGGGAGCUCUGUUGCCGCUGGCUGAGGCCUGAGCUGCACAGCAAAGAGCAGAUCCUGGAGCUGCUGGUGCUGGAGCAGUUCCUGGCUGUGCUCCCAGGGGAGGUCCAAGCCCAGGUGCAGAGACAGCACCUUGGGAGUGGAGAGGAAGCUGUCGCUUUGGUGGAGGACAUACAGAAUCAGUCACUGAAAGCCUGGCCACAGGAUGAGCUCUCAGAUGUGGAGCCUAAGGUGGCAGUCCAGGGACUCCAAGCCACAGGGUCUCCCCAGAAGCAGCUAUGUGCACCCCAAGAGCACCAUGGCCAUGCCAAGCUCCCUGUUCUUAAAGAACGACGGACAGGAGAGAUGUUAGGAGUCUGCUUUGCCUCUGCAGUUGAUCUUCCUGGGAGACCUGAGCUGGGUCAUAGCUCCCCAUUCCAAAAUUCUGUGGCACUGGGAGACAUCCCUUUUUAUUUUUCCCGAGAAGAAUGGAGCUCCCUGGACCCUGCUCAGAGGGACCUUUUCUGGGACAUGAAGAGAGAGAACUCCCGGAAUGCUGCCCUCGGUUUGAGACCCAAAAGCCAAAAGCCCCCUGCAGAGGAGGCCGUGACAGCAUUGUUGGGACAGACCGAAGUGCCUAUGUCCUGGAAUACCGAGGAGGCUGAAACUGAGGUCUGGGACAGUGGAAACCCAAGGAGGACAGCCCUGGACCAGCUGGUGGUAGCGCGCCGGGGGCGGUCGCCCCCUCACAGGCGCCAGUUUCGGAACUUAGUUACUGAGAAGCCCCACAGUUGUGCGCAGUGCGGGAAGCGCUUCCGCUGGGGUUCAGACUUAGCCAGGCACCAGCGCACACACACGGGUGAGAAGCCACACAAGUGCCCUGACUGCGACAAGAGCUUCCGCAGCUCUUCUGACCUGGUGCGCCACCAGGGCGUGCACACGGGCGAGAAGCCCUUCUCCUGUUCUGAAUGUGGCAAAAGCUUCAGCCGCAGCGCCUACCUGGCUGACCACCAGCGCAUCCACACAGGCGAGAAGCCCUUCAGCUGCAGCGAAUGCGGCAAGAGCUUCUCACUGCGAUCCUACUUGCUAGACCACAGGCGUGUGCACACAGGCGAGCGGCCGUUCGGCUGUGGUGAGUGUGACAAGAGUUUCAAGCAGCGUGCACACCUCAUUGCACACCAGAGCCUGCACGCCAAGAUGACUCAACCGGUGGGGUGAGCCGAUGGUGGGACCUGAGCAGCCUCCCCUUGCCCUCUGCACACUUCCUGUGACUCUCACAGAAUCUCUUCCCCCUCGGUCUCUCACCCCCCCCCCCCCCCCCCCAAUUCUCCACUCACUUGUGACCAUUGCAAGCCUGUCAAAGGGACACAAGGCCUCCUGUACUCUGAACUGGCCUGCCUGCUCCCAGGAUCCUGCCACCGUGUCUCCCUUUCCUGUUCCGGAUUUCUCUUCCAUUUGUUUCCUGGAGCUUCAUAGUUUCCAGUUGAGGACCAGGGAGCUUCAUAGUUUCCAGUUGAGGACCAGGUGGUAUGAGGGCUCAGGCAGAAACUAGGGUUUUCCAGAGCCCUCCAGCCUUGCUUGGGCAGAAGCUCUUUGUUUCCUAUUUUCUUAUGUGGACCCUUCAGCCUGGCUAAGCCUCUGCCCUGUCUACUUGUGCCUUCCAGUGGGGACUGGCCUCCAUCCUCAGGGGGGCUGCUGGGUUUUGGCCUUGGGAAGGACCAUGGGCCCACACCUAUGUGGAUGUAGGUCCUGGGUUUCAUCACAGCAGCUUCUUGGCCUCCACUGUCCCCCUACCCCCUUCCUGCCUGUGACCAUUCUGUCAUGCCCUGACCCCAGGAAGCUGCCUAGUUGUCCUGCUCUGAUUCCUGAGAUACACUACAGGUCUGGAGGUUAGUGGAGGUGGUAGCUAUAGCAACAGGCUGACUGGAGAACACCCAGUCUUCCGGACUUGUGGCUUUUGUUGUAUUUGACACUAGCACUCUGUCAGCACUUUGUAGCGGACUCCUCAAGCACUGUAUUUCCAUGUUUUUAAUCUGCAUUGUGUGCAGAUUCACAUUAACAGGGACAGACCAUGGGCCCUCAAAAAGGACUCAGCCCAGUAAGCUUCAGAAGAGUUCGAAUAAACAUGGAAAACUUC